AUGGGGCUGUCUCUAAAUACAGACAGUUUUCAUCAAAGCAUGGUGUUCGAUUUUGGGGAGGAGACAAACCUGAGCGGUAAGAAGAAUUCCGCUCAUCUUUUGCUUGAUAUAAUGCCACUUAAAAUGGUGUUUAAGCCCUUUGAGAGAGGAGGGGAAAUAAAAGCCGAUCACUAUUUGCCAAUCCAUAGAGAUCCUCCAACAUUUGUUGAGCAAGCACCAGAACAAGAAAUCCUUGUUCCGGGAAUUAAGGUUGUUGAUCUUCUUGCACCAUACCAAAGGGGUGGUAAGAUUGGUCUGUUUGGUGGUGCUGGUGUAGGAAAAUUUUUGCUUAGCAUGGAACUUAUCAACAAUGUUGCAAAAGCUCAUGGUGGUUUCUCUGUGUUUGCUGGAGUUGGAGGAUGCACUCGAGAGGGUAAUGACUUGCAUAGGGAAAUGAUGGAGAGUGGUGUCAUUAAGCAGAGUGAAAAGGAGGUUCAAAGCAAAUGUGCUCCUGUAUAUGGUCAAAUGGAGAGUGGUGUCAGAUUUUUUGUUCACUAUUGGGCUGGUGUAUCACCACUUCAAUGUUUUGGAGAAUUUGUCAGUGGAUCCAUAGCUGAUGAGCAGAGGAAGAUUGUUGUUCGUAACUCAUGCGGCCUUGUGGUGGGAUGUAUACGGCCAACACCAUGGUGUCUGCUAUUGAACAAUGGGAAUGUGUCUACCUUACAGCUCUUCGACACCUGCUGA